ACCUCACGCGCGUGAACGUUAGCAGUCGACAAGUGUUAACAUAACUACGUUUGCUCUUGAUUGGUGUUGCUUUUCCCCCCCACAUUUACUAAACUAGUUUCGGAAAUCUAUUAUUAGCCAACGUUAUAGUAUAUGAUAGCACAGAAAAUUGCGCUAAAAUAACUUUAGUGUGGUCGUUAAGAGACACCGAGUUAGCGCCGAGGCAGCUGCGUGCAUUUGCCGCAUCUCCAUUUGGCUAAAGUGUCAACAACAUCACCAACAGUCAACAGCAUCGACGGGAAAACAACUAAAGCGAUUGCGGCCAUUGCACACAUGCUGCAGUGAAAUAUUAUGGAUCUUUUGAGCAAGUGAAACUGCCACAAUGUCAUCCCAGCAUCGACUUCCUGCACGAGGCUCUAAUAUAACAGUUCUAAUUACCAGGAUCCACUCAUCUCUCCAUAGUCCGCUCGUAGAGUUUUGGGGGAGUUUGAAUCAGGUGAAGACGUUGGAUUAUCAGUCCCUAUCUCCUGUAAAUCCAUUUCAAGAGUUGGAAGGAAAUCCAGGUGACUUGUGCUUGGUUCAAAUCAACCAUACAUGGUACAGAUCGCGCAUAGUCUCAAGAAAUGGAUCCAACUGCAAAGUGUUCCUCAUUGAUAAGGGGAUCACAUUCAGUACCACCACAAAGUUACUGGCAUGGGGUAAGAGGGAGCUCUUCCAUCUGCCACCUGAAGUGGAGUUCUGCGUGCUGGCAAAUGUUUUGCCGCUCUCACCUGAAAAUAGAUGGUCCCCAAUUGCACUUGAAUUCUUGAAAUCUUUUGGAGGACAGACAAUGAAUGCACAUGUGCAAGAUGUACUGGUACAGCAAAGGAAGCUUCUUCUGGACAUCCCAUGCAUAUCCAGACAAAUGUAUGAAAUGGGGUUAGCAAAGAAACUGGAUUCAGGCUUGUUCCUGGACUAUGUUCUCAAGGCACUGAAGGCCAACAGUGGAGCUGAAAUGUUUCCUGCUGCUCAACAAAUCCCCACGGGUGUGGUUGAGCAACUGCACAAGAAGACGCUGUACAUGUAUCCAGAGCUGCUAACAGGAGCUGUGGAGACUGUCGUUGUCACAGAAGUGACAAAUCCACAGCGUGUUUUUUGUCAGUUGAAGGUUUUUUCCCAAGAGUUGAAAAAACUCUCAGAGCAAAUCACACAGCGCUGUAGUGGCAGAAUGGCCAGUUGCAGUGUCGGUCCUGAAAUGAUUGGGUUUCCAUGCGCUGCGAGAGGAAGUGACGGCAGGUGGUAUCGCUCUGUUCUACAACAAGUACUGCAGGCAAACAACCUGGUGGAAGUACUGAAUGUUGACUAUGGUACAAAACAGUUUGUCCAAAUUGAGAAUGUAAGACCACUGGCUCCAGAGUUCUUCAGAAUGCCAGUUGUGACCUAUGUCUGCUCCCUCCAUGGGAUUAUUGACAAAGGGGUUGGAUGGACAAGCACCCAGAUUGACUACCUCAAGACCUUACUCUUGCACAAGACACUCAUUGUCAAAUUUGAGUACCAAAGUAUAUCAGAGGGUGUUUACUAUGUUACACUCUAUGGCGAUGAAAAUAAGAACCUCAACAAUUUGUUCACUUCCAAAGAGAGCUCUCUGCAAGAGAAUGAAAAAACACUUGAUGAUUAUGCCAUUGGAAACACGACAUACAGCAGCCAGCAUCCCUCUCAGCUUGAAAACAAUGGAGGAACGAUGUUACCUGCUGGACAGGCCUUGGGGGAGGAUGAGAGUCAGGAGAGAACAAACAAGUUUCCAGUUGAGAACCUUCGUCACAGCUCCCCACAUGUGGCAUAUGUGGCACACGUCUCCAACCCUUCUGAGUUUUGGAUCCAAACAGAAAACUACGCAAAAGAGCUGGAUGAAUUAAUGGAUAAUAUGCACCAUUUCUACAAACAUUUGGAUAAUAAAGACGUGAUGGAAAAUCCUGCCGUUGGCACCUACUGUGCAGCCAAAGCAGAUGAUGGUGUUUUUUACAGAGCCGUUGUGUCGGAAGUUGUCAAAGCAAAAAUCAAGGUGUUCUUUGUGGAUUAUGGAGACACCAAAGAGGUUGAUGGGAGUAACAUUAGGACUCUCCCUGACACGUUCAAAAGACUGCCACAACUUGCAGUGAAAUGCUCCUUAGCAGGUGUUGGCCCAAAAGAAAAAAAAUGGAGUUACUGUGCCAUUGAGUUUUUCAUCAAAAUUGCCACUGACAAACCGCUUAAAGUACACGUGAUGGCAAAACAGGGUGAUAGCUAUCUUGUAACACUGACUGAUCCUGAGGCAGCAGGAGAGGGGGAUCUCAGUCAGCUGCUGUGUUCUUCUGGCCUCGCUGAAAGGGAUGCGAAACCACCAAAAAUCUUCAAGCAACAAUCAGAAGCUGGAACCCUUGGCGUUUACCAGACCAGUGUGGCAUCUUUUCAGACCCAAGACAUUAUUGAUACUUCCAGCAAAGAGAAACAAACUGGUAUGUUCAAGGAAAACAUGUUUCCCAUUGGUAGUGUCCUGGAUGUCAAUGUGUCCUACAUCGACAGCCCAAAUGAUUUCUGGUGUCAACUAGCUCAAAACUCUGGCCACUUGAAAUUACUAAUGCAUGACAUCCAGGCACAUUAUGCCGGCAGUGAGUUUGAGCCUCUUACAGAAGCAUCUUGUGUCGCUCGCCACCCGGACAAUGGAAUGUGGUACAGAGCUCUCGUAAUUUACAAACACAAGACACCUCAGGUGGAUGUGCUUUUCGUUGACUACGGCCAGACAAAAACUGUUUCUCUCCAUGACCUGAGGAGGAUCUGUCCUGAAUUCCUCAAGCUACAUGGCCAAGCAUUUAGGUGCAGUCUUUUCAACCCUCUCGAUGAGUCUAUGUCUGUUGUAAAUGAUUGGAACGAAGAGGCAAAAGAAACCUUUCACACCUUUGUGGAAACUGCUGCCUCCAACUUACUGACAUUGAAGUGCACUCUAUAUGCGGUCAUGUACAAUGAACAAAUGAUAGUUUUCAACAUUGUGGAUUUGGAAACACCCUUUGAGAGCAUCUGCACCAGUAUGGCCAAUCUCACCAGAAGUCCACCUGCCAAGAAAGACGCCGGAUCCUCUUUCCGCUUGGACACAUACUACUACUCAACACACAACAUCAAAACUGGGACCGAGGAACAGGUCAUGGUAACGUGUGUGGAUAGUGUUGGUCAGUUCUACUGCCAACUUGACAGAAAUGCUGAUGUGAUAAAGGACCUGAAGAUGAAGGUGAACGACCUUUGCCAUCAUCUUGCGGAUGUAAAGCCCCCAAGCAUCUUUGGAACAUUGUGCUUUGCAAAGUAUACUGAUGGAUUGUGGUACCGGGCACAGCUCAAAGCCACAAAACCAGCAGUCGUGGUUCAUUUUGUCGAUUACGGCGACACGACCGAAGUGGCAAAAUCAGACUUGCUUCCAGUGCCCAAAGAAGCCUAUGACAUAAUGUCUGUACCUGUGCAAGCAGUAGUGUGCCGCCUCUCUGAUGUCCCUGCAGUUGUUCCCAGCGAGGCAAAUUGCUGGUUUGCAAAAAUGGCAACAGAAUGUAAAUUCAGAGCACUCAUAGUGGCCAAAGAACCCAAUGGUAGCCUGCUGGUUGAACUGUAUCACAGAAACAUCCAAAUCAAUUCAAAGGUUAAAAAAAUCUUUCAAAUAGAGAUGCAGACUGAAGGAAAACCUCUCUACGAGGGUCGGAAAGUACAGAGUCCAAUUGCAAAUAAGGAUGCAGUACCAAAAGUACCUUCUUCUAAAGAGGCAAUGCCAAGUCCUCCAAAAACUAUCCAGAAACAUGUGCCUGAACCAAAACCAGCACAGCAAGUGACAGAUCAGACACAAACUUCAAAAUGCAAUUCGCAAAAUGGUCAGAAGAUGAAAGCCGCUUCACAAGAACUGUACCUCCCACCACACCAAAGACAGCACUAUGACAAGCAAAUGACUAAUACAACAAAAAAAGAAAAUGUCUUAGUCACAAACAACUCAAAACUUGAUUGUACAUCACCCAGCAAAGAAUCUGACAGUGUGCUCCCACAAGCCCAAAAUCCAAAACGCCCUAAACUUGAAGACUUUCCCAAAAACUUGAUACCGUCGGGGAUGGAGGCAGAUGUUUAUGUCUCGCAUUACAACAGCCCGUCAAGUUUUUACGUGCAGCUUGCCAAAGAAGAGGAUGAAAUAUUCUCCCUGGUGGACAAGCUCAAUGACUCGCUAUCAACUCCCAAAAUCAGGAUCGCAGAAGUGUAUGCAGGCGAUGUUGUUAAAGCAGAAUUUGAAGAUGACUGCUUGUGGUACCGGGCAGCUGUAAUAGAAGUGCUUUCCAACUCUAUGGCUCUUGUAGAGUUUGUUGAUUUUGGCAACACGGCACAAUUAUCCAUAUCUAAGAUGGCCGAUCUAGAUCAGGAAUUUGUGCAGCUACCAAGGUACAGCAUACAUUGCAUGCUAAGUGAUUCUGGAUCUUUUGAACUGCUUGAUGCAGAAGCUUUGAAAAGAGAUAUUGGUUCUAAUGCAGAGAAGAAGCUGAAAUGCCAGUUUGUCCGGCCGUCAGGAGAUGUGUGGGAAGUCGGCCUUGUGGAUAAUGGUGUGCAGGUACGUUGCAAAGCAUCAACAAGAUGUCCUGGAAUCACCACAGACUUUGAACAAGAGGUGGAAAAAGCUGCUCAGAGCUCAGAAACGUCACCGAAUUCCUGUUCUCUCCGUUACCACCACAUGCAUUUCAAAGAGGGACAGCAGUUAGAGGUUUACAUCUCGACUGUGUGUGAUGCUCAGACCUUUUGGUGUCAGUCCGUGGACUCAGUUGUCCUUGAUAAAAUAUGUGAAAGUCUCUCAGGAAUUGGAACUUCUGCGAGUCAUAAACCUGCCAGCAUGAGCACUCUCUCACCCGGAACUCCAUGCAUUGCACUUUUUGCCGAGGAACAGCUUUGGUGUCGUGCAGAAGUUUUGAACAAAGCUGGAGGUGAGUUGUCUGUUCUCUUUGUGGACUACGGAAACACAUCCCAAGUGACCGACUCAGAUGUGAGGGAAAUAACCACUGACCUGUUGGAAACUCCUCCACAGGCAUUUUUGUGUCAACUUGAAGGUUUUGAUGUGUGCCUUGGCUCUUGGUGUAACAGUGCUGCAGAUGAAUUGGUUUUGGUCACAGCAGACAAAUCACUGCAGAUGACAAUCACAAAAAUAUCAAGCAAAGAUGGAAAGAACACCUGCUUUGUGCGGUUGGAAUGUGAAGGACUAGUGAUAAAUGAGACAAUGAAACGCUGGUGGGUGAAUUCCACUCCGGAAGACAGCCAGUCCACAUUGGAUGAAACCCUACAGUCCACUGAUUCCACAGCAGAGGCAUCGGAGGAUGAAGGUCGUGGGCGUGAAGAUAAAGGAAUUGAUGUUGCUGGAGCUCAUGCUGAUGUUGACCUGCACUUGGCAGUAACAAGCACUCCAAAGAGCUCUGUAGACAAUCUUCACGCUUCAGUUCUUUCUCCUGAGUCACCACCAGGAGAGCUACAUUUGCCAGAAAGACCAAGCUCAAAUAAGGGUGUAAUAAACAUUGUCCCGACCCCGGUGAUGCCUUGCAUAGAAAGCAAUGUUUUGCAUAGUGAUAGCGGACUAGAAGAAAACACACUUCCCAUACAAAACAUUGCAGCAAAUUUGGAGGAAAGUGACACAAACUAUGAGGAGCAAUCUACAUCAGUAACUGAAACAUCUUGGCUAGAAGAGAGCCGUCAGGAGUCCACAGACGAUUCUGGGAUCCAAACGUCUCCAUCUGAGGUGGACACCCACAGCAUGAGAGCCAGCUCUGAAGUCCUGACCUAUUCUGCUGCACCACAUACAGCUAGCGAUGACUGCAGGCUUGGUAAUUCACGUCCAGUUACAAGUGGGAAGGCUGUGAAAAUGGUUCCUCGUGAUGCCGUCAGUAUAUGCAGUGCGCCUCAUCCGACAGUUGCCGUCACUUCUGAAGACUCAGGGCAGGCUGCAGUUGAAUGUUUGCUGCCUUCCCUCGUUCACGGUGCACAGGAAUUACACGACACCUCAGAGCUGCAAAACGAAGCUGAAGAUGUUAUCCCCCAGCAAGAGGAUGCAGACGUGGUCAUCCUACUCGAAGAAAUGAAUGACAUGACAACUAAUGAUGACGCCUUUGAACUUUCUGAGGAGGAUACACAUUUAGAUGUCAGUCUUGACAGCAGACAUACCUGCACAGUUACCUCUACAGACACGGACACCCUGCCUGAGGAGGUGAUGCAUCUUUUUGAGUUGACAGAUCCAACUGGUCAAAGUGACGAAGGUGUAACUGCUGCAAGCAAUGAUUGCUGCAUCACUGUGGCUGGGGAGGAAAUGUCUUUGCAGUGUAACGCUAUGACAGAAGAAGACACAUCAGAUCUUCAUGUUGAUGAACAUCCUGCCCUGUCUAUCCACACUGCACACCAUUCCCACACACUCCCCCUUCCAGAGGAGGAUAGUGUGAUGGAGGAGGUGACCUGUCUGGUCAGAGACCUGUGUUUGACAGACAUUGAUGCCGACGAAGAAGAAAAUAGGACUGCUAUGCCUGACCAAAAAUGUGAAGAUGAAAUGGAAGACAGCGAGCACACCAAGGAUUCCAAGGCUGGUGUGUUUGUGGACCUUUUGUCCUCUGAUGAUGACGGCUUAGACGUUCUCCCGCCAAACGUCAUUCACUUGUCUCUGGUCAUCCAUGAUGGCGCUGAUGACACGCAGCAGCCGGAAGACAGCACAUGCUGAACAAAAUGCAUAUUUGUUUGCAUUCAAGUUAAAUUUAGCUAAAAGUACUUAUUUCAUUCUAAGUUGAAGGUGUAGUUGAUUAUACUGUUUAACAGUUGUUGGUUGGGAGUAUGUAUGUUACAUUGCAGUCCUGAUAAGACUUUGAAACUUUUUGUUAUGAACCUUAUGUUAAAUAUAAAAGUGAACAUUUCUGUUUGGUGCCGGAGUUCUGCUUGCACUUUGGAUUUAUUGUGGCACAAUAAAGUUUGUUACAGAUUUAUGUUGAA